AUGGUAAAAGUGGUGAAUCAGACCUUCAUGGAGGUCAGUCAGAUAGCAAGAUGUUUGCGCUUGGUAAAGGUCGUUGAGUGUAAGCGUGGAUGUGCAAUGGGCAUGACCAAGUUCUUCCAUGAAGCUCUUCAUGUCCUGCUCGGUGUACCGUCGUCGUUCCCGCGUUGGCUCGGGCAGCUUCUGGCUGAACAUGAACCAUGUCUUCUCGGAGCUGGCGAGCAGGAGCGACGAAAUUCCGCUCCCAUGCAUAUGCCACUCAUCGCCGGGUUUGAUUCCUGGUGGCGGGCUGACUAUGUGGCCAAACACGCACCGUGCGAUACGACGCAUGCAGUCGCGCACUUUGCUGUGGGCUCCGUCCGCCCCGACCACAAUGCUGCCCCUCUCCACGCUUCCGUCGGUACACGAGACCACGACCCCCUCUUCAGUCAUCUCGAUAGUUUUCACCACUUUGCCGGGGAAAAGAUGCUGUCUGAUCUCAUCAGGAAGAGCACCAUACAGCAGUUGCAUCAACUCGGGUCGAUGCACCAUAACCCAUCCUGUUCCAUGGCUACAUCAUCAUCACUCGGUGUUAGCUGUAUCUGCCCAGGAGUAACUCAGACUGCACGCUUUCGGUGCCUUACAAUUCAGAGCACCACCCAUCUCCAAGAGCUUCAAAGUGUUCGACAUGAUGGCGAUUCUGGCCCCUCCUGCUUCGGGUACAGCAAGGGCAUUGUUGCGUUCGAGCAGUACGAAAUUGAUGCCAGCUCGAUAGAAGUGAUCGACAUUAUCGAGGGCCGACAAGAUAAGGAUGACUGGUAG